AUGAGGAGACAGUUGAUCGCCUUGGAUGGCAGUGAGCAGUCGGAAUACGCUUUCGAGUGGUACCUCAACAAUGUCAACAGGCCUGGAGACGAAGUCGUCCUCUUCCACUGCUCCCAGUUUGUCCUAAAUGUGGGACUGCCUGGCGCCGCCGCAAACGUGGAACAGGUCAGCAAGAAAGUACAAGAAUCGCUCAAAAAGGCAGAAGAUAUCACUUCCAGGGCCAACGAGAAGCUGAAGGCCAGAGGUAUCAAAGGCUACGUAGUCAUCAAAUCUGGCAUGAAGCCAGAGGAAGGCAUCUUGCAGACGGUCAGCGAAGAAAACGUAACCCACGUCAUCAUGGGAACUCGAGAUCUGGGGUCACUGCAGAGAGCUUUCAUUGGCAGUGUUAGCAGCGCCGUUGUCUCUAACGCCAAAGUGCCUGUUACCAUCGUGAAAAAACCACACUAA